AGUGCUUCCAUAUUUUGUGGUUACCAAACAAAGGAAAGGAAAGCUUUCCUUUCCUGAUGCCUCAAAUCUAUGAACCAAACAUGGCCUAAAAUCACAAACAACGACGCUUGGAUUACUUUCAUUAACAAAUCAGAACGGGGGAUUGAAUUAGGGUUAUCUGGACUAACAUUGUGCAUUUGUGCAUUGAAGAGUUUCCAAAUCAUUUUGUCAAAUCCGAUCACCAUUUACCACAAGACCUGGUGCAUCACAACGCUCCACAAUGUGGACGCUUGCGUAAUGAGCAUGUAAGUCACUAUGUCAUUGAAGAUGACAAUAAACAAACCUCCAUAUUCUUUGGUCUCCACUACGACUGCGAAUGUGAGGAAGACUACGCUGCUGAAAAUGUACCAAGUAGAGACGAAAUUGAAAGCAUUCCCAGCACCAAAAAGAAAGACCAAAUUGGGUGCAUUGGAUAUUUCUCCAAAAACCUGGACAAAGGGUGAGCUUCUUGGUCGUGGCUCAUUCGGCUCUGUCUAUCAAGGAUCUUGUUCAGAUGGAUUCAUUUUCGCUGCCAAGGAAGUUUCAUUGCUUGAUCAAGGAAGUCAGGGGAGGAGCUGUGUUUCUCAACUUCAACAGGAGAUUGAGUUUCUCAGUUGGCUUGAACACAAAAACAUAGUUCAAUACUAUGGCUCAUUCGAGUAUGGAUCAAAUCUUUAUAUGUGUAUGGAGCAUGCACCUAAUGGAUCCAUUCGACAACUCUAUCAGAGAUCGAAUCUUUCACUUCCUCGUGUCUCUAGAUACACAAAAGAGAUCAUUCUUGGUCUAAAGUAUCUUCAUGACCAUAAUGUGGUUCACAGGUAAUUCAUGUGAGAUGAUGUAUAAUAUGCAAAAGUUGUGGUUUCUGGAUGUAUUGAUCUGACCAGAUUUUGUAUUUCCUUUGAGCAUUACAUGGAAUAGGUCAUCUCAAAACCAAAUGACAAGUAAAAGAAGUAAAAGAAAUGUGUGUUGCACCAGCAAAAUAUUGAUCCAUGCUCAAUCUUUGCUUGAAUGUUUUUGUCAUUCUCAUCUCUUUCUUUCUCGUUUCCAGGGACAUUGAAUGUGCAAAUAUGCUAGAAUAUUUUUGUUUACACUUAUUCUCAUCCAUUUAUUUCUUGUACAAAGGGAUCAAAUGUGCAAAUAUUUUAGUGGAUGCUUAUAGAUCUGCAAAGCUUGCAGAUUUUGGAUUGGCAAAGGUUUGCCUUCUCCUAAUAGUAUGUUCUGUACCCUUUUCCAGAUAACCACCAAAAUGAAUGAAAUUCAAUCUUUGCAGGGGACUGCAUUCUGGAUGGCCCCUGAGGUUGGCCUUUACAUUUUUGCAUAAUCUAUUUAACAGAGGAGUCCUCUUUUAUAUUAUUAUAAUUAAAAAAUAUUUUUAAAAAGGAAUGUUUGAUUUGAUGGUGGUUCAAAAACUGCCAUAUAAAUGUUAACAAUUAUCUGUGCACAUGUUUAAUACUGCAAUUUUAUACUGAUCCAGACAUGAUUAAGAUCAUGACUUUAGCAAUUUAUUUCUGCUUCAACUCUGAUAAAUUGUUCUUCUGUAUAGGUUAGCAUGAUGAAUUAUCAUGGUUAAACAAAUAAUAUUCGUAAUAAAUUGGUGAAUGUAUAAGACUGAUAGUUUUGUGAAUCAGGAAUCUAAAUUUCUUUAACACAAAAAUGGAAGUGAAAAGAAAGAUCAAUGUCUGCAAAGGAGUAAUUUAUAUUGCUGACCAACUGUGAGGGAAAACCUGGUGUAUCUGGUUUUCCCAGAUAAUUUGUGGUUAAUGUUGAUUCUCAUAGUUUGAGGUAUAUAUCUUGCAAUUUGAAGUUUUGCCAGCUUCUCCUUUCCGCAUAAUAUCACUUGCACAAAACUUGCAUAUUGAAUAUUUUGUGUUGAGGCUGCAGUACAAGUAGAUUCUGUCAUGUCCAAAAUUUUGCCAGUCUUUCUGAGUCGAGCUAAGCUUGUGCAGGUUUUUAGUGCAAAAAUCAAGAACCAAGGUUAUGGACCUCCAGCGGCUAUAUGGAGCCUUGGUUGCACUGUGUUGGAGAUGUUAACAAGGCAGGUUCCCUACCCUGGUUUGGAACCGUUUCAGGCAUGUUUUAAGAUUGCAAUGGGGGAGCUCCCUCACAUUCCUCAUUUUCUUUGUAAGGAGGUGCGAGAUUUCAUCCAUCAGUAGUGCCUACAAGUUAAUCCAAAUAAUCGACCCACUGCUGCUCAGCUCUUAUGUCAUCCAUUUGUCACGUCUGGGCCUAUCAAACUACCCCAUUUUGGAGAUGGUCUUUGUAUGCGGAUGAAGGAAAAGAACUUUAUGUAAGAGGAGAUUGUAAUGGCUACGAGUAUGAGACUAGUAGUCAUUUAGAUUAACUGAGCUGUUAGAGGCAGGAUACUCAUACAGAUUCAUAAAGAAUUCGAGCAAAUUGCCCAAUGACUUAA